AUGCUCAGCCAGACUCAAAGACCCGCCGCGCGUGUCAUCGGCCGUGUUCGCUUCCCCUCCAAACCUCGAGUCUACAAUGCUCGAUUCCAAUCCUCCUCGUCAGGCUCGACCUCUUCCGGCGCCAACUCCGCACUAAUUGGAGGUGUUGCUGGUGGCGCAUUUGCAGCGGCCGCCGGAUACACCUGGUACUCCUUCUCUGGUGCAAAGACACUGGUCGACACCAACAAGCAAGCCAAGCAAUACCUCGAGCAAGCGAAGCAAAAGAUCUCCGAGGCUGCCCCUGGGCCCAACGAAUCAUACGCCUGGUUCAAAAAGACCGUCACCCGCUACGCUGUGUUCAUCCCCGGAGCUCGCGAGUAUGUCGAUACCGCGUUUAAGGACCUGGAAAAGAUCAAGGAGAAGCAUGACGAGGAAUUCGACAAGAUCAUUCAAGAUGCGUACAAGGAUUUGAGCGAGGUCUCUAAGAAGGGCGGUUUCGACACCAACACGGCGUUCGAAGCAUUCUACGUUCUGCAGAAGCACCUCGAUCGCCUGCUUGACCUGGCCGGUGAUGUUGGCGAGGAUAUCUUGGAUAAUCAUCCCAAGGUGAAGGAGAAGCUCGGCGGUAGCUUUGACCAGCUGAAGCAGAUGGGCGAUGCUUAUGGCCCACAAGCGAAGGAGGAGGUGACCAAGACAUGGAGCCAAAUCACGGAUAUUAUCAAGCGGGGCGCGAGCAUAGACGCUGUCGCAGAGAUCAAGAAAUUGAUUGAUGAGAAGAAGGAGAAGCUUCAGAAGUUGGGUGAGGAGGCCUGGCAGAAGGGACUCGACGAGUCUCGCCAAUUCAUGGAGAAGAACCCCAAGUUGAAGUCCCUCGUUGAGGAGAAUGCCGAUGCGCUUAAGAAGGGCAACUUCCAGGACUUGUGGGGCCUGUUGAAGGACAGUGCUUCUUCCGGCAAGACGGAGGAAGUGGAGAAGUAUGUUAAGGAGAGGGUUGAUCAAGUCAAGAGCGGUGGGUUUGGGGAUUUGGAUAAGUGGUUGAAGGCGAUUCCCGGUGGUUCCAACAUUCUUCCACAACUGCAGACGCUGCAGACUGUCGCCCAGAAGAAGGGAGGGGACGCUGAGAAGGUGCUGAAGGAGACAUUCGAGGAGAUUCAGGAUGUGUUGAAGAAAAGAAAGGAACAGGUCGAGAAGAUCGCCGAAGAAGCAAAGGAAGAGACGAAAUAA